GAGGCUUUGAAGCCAGCAGCAGACCUCGAGAGCCGAACAGUUUGGAGGAGCUUCUUCAAGUGCACAGGCACCUUUUCCAGGCGUCUGCCCAACCUGGUGCCAACAUGGUCUACAGGUGGUGUCAGACCGGCUCCUCGUCUCAGCACUUCACGCACUGACCGGGACUGCGCCGCUGCUAUGUCCAAUUUUUGACAUAACCUCAGCUUGAGAUUCCUCUCCCUGAAGAAACUGAACCGAAUCUCAUGCUCCCGGUCAUUCCUGCAGCACCGGGUAGAGCUGGCCUGGAUCACUGACGUCCAGCUUCAAAAAACAACAAGGACAAAAAGGAAUUCCAGAGACAGGAGGGGAAAGAAACACUGUCAAGUACUUUAAGGACCUCAAACAAACACUUGUCUUAGAGCAGCUCUAGUGGCCUUAACUGACAGCCAUGCAGGUGUCCUUUGCAUGUACGGACCACGGUCUGAAGGCCCCACGUAACGGCGAGCACAGCAAGCAGAACGCCACGAGCCCCAACACAGCCAGCAAGGCCCGCGCCCGCUUCCGCACCGUGGCCCUGAUAGCUCGAAGCCUGGGCUCCUUCACCCAGCGCUACCACCACAACCUCAAGGAGUCCACUGCCAAGCUCACAGGCAUGAAGUACCGGAACCUUGGGAAAUCUGGAUUGCGUGUCUCGUGUCUGGGGCUCGGCACGUGGGUAACAUUCGGAGGUCAGAUCUCUGAUGAGGUGGCGGAGCAGCUGAUGACCAUCGCCUACGAGAGCGGGGUCAACCUGUUCGACACAGCAGAGGUCUACUCGGGGGGGAAAGCAGAGAUAAUCCUGGGAAACAUCAUCAAAAAGUGCUGGAGGAGAUCCAGCCUGGUGAUCACCACAAAGCUCUACUGGGGAGGAAAAGCAGAGACAGAGAGAGGCCUCAACCGAAAACACAUCAUUGAAGGUUUAAGGGGCUCCCUCCAGAGGAUGCAACUUGAGUAUGUGGACGUGGUUUUUGCCAACCGGCCAGACGGCAACACUCCCAUGGAGGAGAUCGUGAGAGCAAUGACACAUGUGAUCAACCAGGGGAUGUCCAUGUACUGGGGGACAUCACGGUGGGCCGCCAUGGAGAUCAUGGAGGCGUACUCUGUGGCCAGGCAGUUUAACCUGAUCCCACCUGUGUGUGAGCAGGCUGAGUACCAUUUCUUUCAGAGGGAUAAAGUGGAAACUCAGCUUCCAGAGCUCUACCAUAAGAUAGGUGUGGGUGUGGUCUCUUGGUCCCCUCUGGCCUGUGGAAUCAUCACUGGAAAGUAUGAAAACGGCAUCCCAGAAACCUCCAGGGCGUCGAUGAAGCCAUACCAGUGGUUGAGGGAGAAAAUAACGAGUGAGGAUGGAAGAAAACAACAAGCCAAGCUGAAGGAACUCACUCAUAUUGCGGAGAAGCUUGGAUGUACUUUGCCUCAGCUGGCCAUAGCCUGGUGCCUGAGGAACGAGGGAGUGAGCUCAGUGCUGCUGGGAUCCUCUAAUCCGAAGCAACUAACAGAGAAUCUGGGAGCAAUUCAAGUUAUUCCAAAGAUGACACCCGCCAUCGCCACAGAGGUCGAUCAUUUUCUGGGAAAUCGUCCUCACAGUAAAAAGGACUACCACCAUUAGGAUGAACCCCCUUCUAUCGUAAACUAUGCUCCAGAAGCUUCUCAAAGCUCACUCCUCACAGCCAUGGCACCAUAAACAUGUGCCCAACUUUGCUUGUGUGCUCGUACGACUGUGUGUGUGAAUGUGAAUGUGUGUGUGUGUGUGUGUGUGUGUCUGUGGGUGCGUGUAUGUGUUCUGCUUGGCUCCUUGUCUGUAGAUCAACCAGUGCUCAUUAUUGUAAAGUGAGUUACUUGACAAAAGCAUGCAUGCUCCAGCUAUAGCAGCCAGCCGCCAUGACUCGGUCGGAACAUUAGUUACAGGAUCCAGCUAAAUUAUUUGUGAAUCGAAAUUCUCCUCCACUCAAAAAACAUGUGCAAAAGCUGCUGAACCACAAAUUCAAAGAAGCAAAGGAUUAGCCUACAUUUUGAGACACAAAUCUUGCUUUAAUCACUUCUGUGAAUAUGUGUGUUGAUGCAUUAGGUAAAUACAACUUUAGAGACACUUGCUGCUGCAGAAAAGCAUCACAUAAGCUCAUGGCAGUGCAGUAAUCGACACACCAAAGAAGUCGAUCUGUAUCAAAAUGUACCCAGUUUUGCAGAAGUCUACCUUUCUAGAUGUUUGUGAUGUGAAGAAUAAAAACAUUGAUGAUGUGUGUGAUUGGGCGGGGUCUCAGCAGACUGGAUGAUAUGCUGACCCUCUCCACUGCAGCUGGUGCUUGCCUGUCAACGUGAUGAAUCGUUUCAGGACUGAAGGAACCGAAGUUCUGCUCACAGUGCUCUCGCUAAUACCACGAGAACAAAGUUAAGCUAAAAUAUGUUUGAAAUCAUCCGUACUGACUGUUAUAUAUAUUUUCCUAAUGAAGCAGCUAUGUCAGAAUGAGCGUUUCAUCUCAUUGUGUUUUUUUUUCACAAAAGUACAGGAUAGUGUACUUUCCUGUUGUGACCCUUCAACCACUUUUUAUUUUGGACUUUGACAGACUUUCUGUCAGUGACGAUGAUAUCUGAUUCAUUUAGUUUUUCUCUAUGUUGUAGCUAAACUGUUUGUCUCGUCACUGUUGGGGAGAUGAUCCUCCUCUGGGGGCGAUUGAGCAGCUAAUGAGGAGGCUCAGUUAUAAAAACACAAUACACAUAUGGACCUGGACCCCUGCAGUCACUGCACCUGGAACACAAUCAAUUCUUACCCAUCUUCUCCCAGUUGCCAGUUUUACAUAAUGAGAUUAUCUUUAUGUUCAGUCUGUUCAAACAUGUGUUUUGGGUGUUGUUCAUCAGAUUUGUACAUACAAAUAAAGAGCUUAUAAUUCUCA